AUGGAAAACGGUGCGGUGGGGUUGGUGCCGAUUGAAUGCCUUAUUUGUGCUGCGACAUGUGAGGCAUUAGCCGUCUUCAAAUGUGGACACUACGUGUGCUAUGUCUGCGGGCUGCACAUUCACUCCAUUGAUCACGGUGUGUGCCCAGUUUGUCGAGAAAAGGGCGAGACGGUCAUUGUGACGUGCACUCCGCCAGGUGAGGACGAUGAUGAGGAUAAAUUCAGCGCCGAAUUGAUUCGGACGAUGGAGGACGUGUCCGGGUUUGACAGUCACUUGCAGUGUUUUGUGCAUGGCAAGGCCUUGGCGAAUGAACUGAGAAAAAUGUACGAGUAUGUCUGUCCUGUGCCCAAAUGCUGGUGUAGGGGUGUGCAGGAACCUUUCUGUGAGAUGUAUCCCCUGCACGAGCAUCUAAAGACGGAUCACGGGUUGGGGUAUUGCACCAUCUGUCUUCAGCAUCGAUCUGUGUUCCUGUGUGAGCAUCAGGUGUACUCGAAGGAGAACUUACGGUUGCACAUGGACGGGGUGUGCCCACACGACUCUCCCUCUUUCUUGGGGCACCCAUUUUGCAGAUUUUGUCCAAAGACACGCUUCUACGACGAGGACCAUCUUCUUGAGCACAUGAAGCAGCAUCACUUUACAUGUGAUAUAUGCAACCGUGGCGAGUUUCUCUUUAGGUACUAUGAAAAUCGAAAAAAACUUCUUCAACAUUUUGAGCGGGAGCACGAGUUGUGUGAUCACCCCGCGUGUGCAUCGCUAGAUCCAAUGAUGAGAGUUUUUGUCUCCGACUUGGAGUUGGCGCUUCACAAGCAGCGCGUGCAUGGUGUUCGCUCGCGACUGGCGCUCUUCACGACAGAUGCCUCUUCCACAAACCCGUCUAGCAGCCUUCCCACUAGCACCACGCCUGCAACGGGGUUCAACGCAAAUGUCAUCAGCAUCACAUUUGAUUACGUGCACAAGCAGGAGACGGUGAAGUUGAUGCAGGCAUGCGCGCAAAGAGGCAGCGGUGGUGGGUUUAAGGGGAAAAGAAAAGGGGGCGGCAACAACCACAUGGAUUGGGUGCGGGGCGACGCACCUGGACUGCCGGUACAUUUUCGAACUCGCGGUGUGUUGAAGCCGCUCAUGCGUAAGGUUCGUGAAAGGGAUGUGGCGCUACAAGCGACGUCGCAUCCGAGGGCAUUUGGUCUCUCGGAGAGUGCGGAGACGUAUAACACAAAGAAUAGGGUGCCACUGAACCCCACCGAGCUUCGGGGUGCCUUGGACGCCGUUCUGCGAGAAGAAUUACCCGACUUGCACCGAAUGGAAGGAUUCCGUGAGUGUACGGCGGACUUUAUGAGCGGGAAGAUGUUGACGAUGCGUUACUACAACUGCCUGCGAACAGAGUUUUUCCCAUCUGAAAGCGCCUUUCAGAAGGUGUUUCCUCUGGUCGUUGCCACCGUCCCGCUUCCGGAGAGACGCGAUGCUCUUGUGCAGAUUGAGAAGAUGCGAAACUCACCCGAGGUGCAGCAUGCCCAGCGGAUGCAGGAGGAGGAGGAGAAAAAGAAAAAGGAUAGUGAGAAGUGGAAGAAACAGACCGAAUACUUGGAACGCAUUCAACAGGGGUCGAAAAGGCAAAAGGGGAAUAACAGCGGCGGACGCAAUGUGUGGCUGGAAAGAGGCAGUGCCGCUCUUAUUAACCAGGCACACGGGAAACAGUCAGAGACACAAGAAAAAGAACAACCGCGGCAGCAGCAGGGGUCCCAACAGACUUUGUGGGGAAAAGAUAAUAAACAUGCCAGUCAAAAAAGCGGCAAUGAGCGUUCUUUGUCUGGCGAUGCCACCAGUGCUCGUCCUACUGCUUGGGGUGCAGCGCAGGAACGGCAGCAGCCUCGCCUAUCAUUGCUUCCCAUAGGAGCUGCGGGGUAUUACCCGAACCCAGAGGAUUUUCCGGCGUUGCCCACGAGGAACCCCUCUCGAGCACUGGGACUGCCACAAGCGAAACGAACCUCGCGACCGAAUGCGUGGUACCGCAAAUGA